CUCUUUUGAACACCCUACGCACAACGUUUCUUCCUUGUUUGUCGGAGGCGGCGUGGGUGGUUGGAUCUCAUGGGAUUCUUCCGAAGGAUCGCGGGCUUUCUCGGGUUGACGCGGGAGGAGGACGAGGCGGAGGAGGAUGCGGACGCCCGCCACCAGAACGGCGGCGGAGAGGAAGGCGGCCGGACGGGCGCCGGCCCUCCCCGCGCCGCAACCAGAGGGUUCAGCGUGCAUGUCCCCGUCGCCGUCGAGCGGCCUAGCGUUGGGCCCGUCCUCGUCCCUUGCGAUCCCGGUGAAGGCGGUGUUCAGGGUUUUAGGUGGUACACUCGGAGACUACGCAUGGACGAAGAUGGAGAUGUAGCUGAUGAGUUCUUGAGCGAAGUCAUAGCGCAGAUUCCCCCCACCCACAACCAGAUCGCACCACCUAAGUUCCAGGUGAAGUACAACACCCGACCGACCGCCAUGGCCAUGAGAAAACAGGUCAUCGUGGCCGACGGCAACGUACAUCAGAGCUUAGAAUACCAAGGGAGGCUGCAAUGGGUGUAAGCAUACUCGUCGUCCAUCGAUCGAUCCCCAACCGAGCGUUUGAGUCCUCCAAAUGGGACUGCUGCCCGUACAAAACUAGCCUAUCUGAUGGUUUUGUUUUGACUCCAAAGUGAUCCACUAUGAAUCCUCUUCACCUGUACAAAAAUGUAUGCUUCCGAUUUGGUUGUGAAAACUCAAAAUGAACUAAUUUAUUCCAGCAGCAGCUCUAACUAAACAUUUCAUGUAAUUUGGACAA